AUGGACACUCCCAGGCGGUUUCCGACGCUCGUGCAACUGAUGCAGCCAAAAGCAAUGCCAGUCGAGGUGCUUGGUCACCUUCCUAAGCGGUUCUCCUGGUUCCACUCUGAGUUCCUGAAGAAUCCGAAGGUAGUUCGCCUUGAGGUUUGGCUGGUGGAAAAGAUCUUCGGCAGGGGCCGAGAACGCAUCCCGCACGUCCAGGGUAUGUCCCAAAUCUUGAUUCAUGUGAAUCGGUUGGACCCUAACGGCGAGGCUGAGAUCUUGGUAUUUGGGAGGCCUUCUUACCAGGAGGACACAAUCAAGAUGAUCAUGAACUUGGCUGACUAUCACCGCCAGCUCCAGGCGAAAGGCUCAGGAAAGGCGCUCGCCCAGGAUGUCGCCACUAAGAAGGCCGAGACUCAGCGGUCUUCAACAGAAGUCCGGGAGGCCGUGACUCAGCGUGCGGUGGAGGUCCGGGAGGCCGGGACCCAGCGUUCGGUGGAGGUCCGGGAGGUCGGGACACAGGGUACUCCGGUGGAGGUGCGGGAGACCGGGACCCAGCAAUCUCUGGAGGCUGCCAACCAGUCGGGGACCCAGCGAUCCCCCGAAGCUGCCAGCAAGGCAGUGACCCAGCGGUUUCGCGAGGAUGCCCGGGCCCCAGUUACCAGAUUAUGAAGGCAUCUCGGGCCCUGGAGCCACAGCCAGUCAGGGGUUAAAGUGAAAGCCUGUACUUCGCCCAGAAGCUGCGGUUGGGGGGAGGAUGAUGUGGAUUUUUUGUUUUACCCCUUCUGUUGAAUGGUUGCAAACACA